AGAUUGCCGAACAGCCACCGACCGUCGUGUCACGCAGCGCGGAGACGAUGGAUGAACGCGGGGAUAUUGAAAAUUCGCUUCAGUUUCCAAGGAUUUCUUGAAAGAGAUUAGCCAAUCGGAAACGCCACGGAAAAGCAUCUACAGAGCAACCAAGUGCAGCAGAGACAGCGGAACGAGGGAAAAUCCCGAAAAAUUCUAAUUUUUUUUUGCAUUUUUGGAAAUUUUUCUUAAAUAAAUAUUAUUUAAAUAAACUACUGUUGUCAUAUUAUA